UCUUUCACUAUUCUAGAGAGAAAAAAAGAGCGGGACUUCACUCACACACACAAAAAAAACUUUUCUUUUUUCAUAGGACCGCAAAAAACAAAAUUCCAAAUUUCCGCACACCUUUGCCAUUUUCGCUUCGUCCCGCCCAAAACCCAUCUCAAAAUCGGAGGUCCGGAAAUUCUCUUUUUUUUUUUUCGAUUUGCUUUGCUUUUAAUUUUAUUUUUUUGUUAUCUGGAGUUUAACACACACACAUGCACCGUCGCUUUGUCUUUCUGGUUUCGAUUUAUUUGCGGUAUUUUGUGUACGUGUUUAUGUAUCAGUGCGAAAUGGAUUUGAUUUGUUUUAGGGUCUGAAAACAUAGAAAAAAAUAAAAACAAUGGCAGGAUGGUUGGAGAGUGAGAAUGGUGCUCGAAUAGAAGAAAAUGUCGGUGCGGAGGUUAAAUGGUCGUUCACGGAAUUUCUCAAGGCUUUUCUGGAACAUGUUUACGGCAGUUCUUGCCUGAGGCCGCUGCCGCCGGUUGUUGGUGAGGGGCAGGUUGUUGAUUUGCUUAAGCUUAAGAUUGCUGUGAGGAAGAGAGGUGGAUAUUGCGGAGUGUCGGAAAAUAGGCUGUGGAGCUCGGUAGCAGCUGAUUGUGGGCUUGAUUCGAGGUUUUCAGCUGCUUUGAAGUUGGUAUUUGUCAAGUAUUUGGAUGCGUUGGAUAGAUGGUUGAGGAAGAUUGAGAAAUAUAGAGAGGACGGAGUGAGUGAGGAAAGGUGUUUCGAUUUUACUCGGUUUUUGAUGGGGUUGGAGUUGGGUCCGAAGGUUUUCGUAUCGAGUAAAAUUGAGAGAGAUGAUGGGUUUGUGGAGUUGAAGAAGACUGAAUUUGAAGUUGUUGAUGGAAAUCAAGUGUUUGUGGAGUUAAAUAUUGAUGUUGAGGGUUCUGAUGAGAAGGGGAGCGAUGAAAAUGGCGUUAGUGAUGGUGUGAAUAUUGGUAAGGAGCAAUCUGUUGACAAGGGCGGUGAUGGUGAUGAUCUGAGAGUGGAUCAGGGCUCUGUUAGUAAGAAAAGGAAACGGGAGUGCUACACAGGCUUGCUGAACUGGAUACGGAAUGUUGGAAAAGAUCCUAACGGGCCUGCUGUUGAGCCUUUACCUGAAAUGCAGAAGUGGAACUGUUAUGGGAGAGAGCUGCCGUGGAAGCAAAUUCUCACUAUUCGAGAGGCGAUGCUUUUGAAAAAGAAUGUCGAUGCAGGGUCUCAACGAUCUGUUUGGCAGAAGAAGCAAAAGAUACACCCGAGCAUGUAUGAUGAUGAAGGGUUAAGAUGCAGUCAGAGGCUCCUCUCCUCCAAGGAUCGGAAGUCGAGAGACCGGGGUGGAGCUGAAUCAUCUUCCUCAGAUUUUCAGACCGACGAGGAUAAUGCUGACAAACAGUCUGAUGCUGACUCCCCAAUCUAUUUGAGCAACUGCAGGAAGAAACGAAUCCCCAUAGGCUCAAAUCAUCAAGCAGAUUUGCCUGAGUUCCAAGGUGAGGAUUAUGAAAGCGAAGCUAAAUGGUUAGGUACCAAAAUCUGGCCUUUGGAUAAAGCAGAACAAAAUAAGAAAAGUCUAAUCGAAAGGGACCGUAUCGGAAAGGGAAGGCAAGAAUGUUGUGGCUGUCAGUUUGUUGGAUCUUUCGAAUGUGUGAGGUUCCAUAUUAGAGAAAAGAGGCUGAAAGUGAAGCUUGAACUUGGCUCCGCUUUCUAUCUAUGGAAACUCGACAUGAUUGGAGAGGACGUCGCAUUCUCAUGGACAAAAGAAGACCAGAACAAGUUCCAGCAUACAGUGCAGUCCAACCGUCUCUCGUUAGAAAAAUACUUUUGGAACGAACUUUUCAAGCAAUUCCCGAAGAAGGGAAGGGAAGCAUUGGUGAGCUACUACUUCAACGUGUUCCUGCUCCAACGUAGAGCCAUCCAGAACAGAACCAGCCCGAUCAACAUUGACAGUGAUGACGAGGAGUCAGAAUAUGGGCCGGUUACUAAUAGGUUUGGUGCUGGUUCGAUUUUUUGUUCCCCAAAGAAACCACAUACGAGUAGCAGAUAGGUUGUUGAUUCGAGGUGUACAGAUGGCUGAAUAUGAUAGUUGAAGCACAGUCAGAAGCAGUGGAAACAUACAGUUAGUAACAAGGUUACCACAAUACUUUUCAAGCGCUAAUUUCUCUUUUUGGUAUGUCCAAAAAUUUAUCAUCUUUCAAAUUCAUUAUGAUUAUGAAUAUCAAGAACUAGCUUUUUUUGUUAAGUUCCUAUUUGCUUCUUCGUCAUAUUAACGUUCUUUUUUUAUGUUUUGGCUAGCAA